UAGUCGUACCAGCAAUUGCAACGAACGACUCCUCGAAUCACCAGGCGUGCGAUUGUAAACGACAGAUACAACACGAUAGACAGGAUCAAAGAUGGGGACUGGUAAAGCAAACGUCACAGUAACGAAUGACCCAAGAAAAACGAGAGAGGGAGAGAAACGCAAACCGACUCUCUCAAAGUCGCAAGAAAGAGAGAGAGAGAGAGAGAGAAAGGUAUCGGACCAAGAAAGCGACUCUUUUCAUCCCCUCCCCAAUCUUUUUCCCUUUACACAACAUUAAACCACCCCAAAAAGGGCCACUCAAGCCCGCCACGCGCAGCCGUCCUAACCUUAAAAGGAGGUGGAAGGGUCCAAGAAUAUGCCGAUACGGCGGCCCACGCCCGCAAGCCACCAUUAUCGCCCUUGGCACACAUACUUGUCAAUACCCAAAACAGCGGGUAUAUGUCUAGAACCACUUUGCUAUGUACGAACACAAACAAGCCCCCUCUCCCCUAAAAUAAAAAAAUAAAAAAAGGAAAAGAAGCAGACGGCAACAGAGUAAAC